UGUGCGUGUCUCUCUCUCUCUCGCUCUCUCUCUGGAGUUUGUUGGUUGGCUGCAGCAGUAUCUCAGUAUCUAUGCCGGCUCGGCUGACGGCGUGACAGACAGAGGCAGCCCUACCUAUCUGUCUGCCUCUCUGCCUGUCUGUCUGCCAGUUUAUGUGUCUGUCUGCCGUCUCUAAACGUUAAGGUGAAUAUAAAGCUCGGUAAUGGAGACCGCCGUGGACCGGUGCUCUUGCUUUUCUCCCCGCCGGAGACACACAAACUCACCGGAGAAAUAAGGCGACAAAUCCCGGUUUUCAACGGAAAACGCUGCUCUUUAUCAGUGACGCUUGCUAGUGUUUGCUUCUUCUUCCUCCUCUUCUUUUCUGUCAACACGUCUUCAAAAACAGAUGCCCUGCUCGGGAAGUUACGGACAAAACACGGAUAAAUCUUCAAAGUCGUCUUCUCCAAUUUUCAAGAGGCGCCCUCUCACCCGAAGGAUUUCCUCCUGCUCAGCCUGCUCUUCUCUGACCUCAACAAGAAACUCUUCAACCCCACCAAUAAGGAAACCUCCUGCUACUCAGAUCGAGGCUUCUGAGAAAUGAGCUGCCAAUGUACACUGUCCCAACAGAUCCACAAAGGGACAUCAAGGUCAAAAGGGGUGGGAGUGGAGGAUUUAUGUUGGAGCAUGGCCAUGAUGACUGCUGCCACACAGAUUAGAGGAAUCACCUACUAGGUCAUCAGUCAUCUCUACUUGGCCUGGGGGUCUUCUAGAGGGUUGGACCUCCUUGCCACCAUGAAAGGGUUGGGGACCAACCGUAACAGACACCUGUCUGACUCCUGUGAACCUUCCCCAGGCCAUCCAGAGGCCCUCUACCCUCAGAGAACCAGCACCUUGCCACGCAGCCCUUACCUGCUGAGCCCAACAAUGGACCACUAUGGCACCAUGGACCCCCACCUCUAUCCUUCCGCCAACCCAGGCUCUCUUCCACCAGACUGCAUGCUGCCCCUCAAUAACCAGCUGUCCAACAGCAGCACCUUUCCCAGGAUUCACUACAACUCCUACGACCAGUCUGACUUCUCCCCACCUGGGGACAGCAUUGGAGGGAUAAGCACAGGGCACAUGGGCACAUCCAUGUCCAUGGGCAUGGGCAUGGGAACGGGCAUGGGCAUGGCAGGGCUGAGUGGACGGACACCUAUGAUUACGAGCGGCUCAGCAACUAUAUCGCAUCAUAUGACCAAGAACCAGGCACCAACCAGCCUGCUGGAGUUUGAUAAGCAGCUACCUGGAGGCUGCGACGGAUUCAGCACAUUGCAGUUUCAUCGAACGUCUGCUGUUGCUGCUGCCAAGCAGCGCACAGACAGUCCUGGUCGCAUCCGUUACAUGCUGCACUCAGUGCAGAAGCUCUUUGCGAAGUCCCAGUCAUUGGAGAGCCACAACAUGAAGGGAAAUGUCAACGGACGCUCCACUGGCAGUGGUGGAGGCUCGUCUGGCACUGAAGACGGAGGGAAGCAGAAUCGCAGAUCCAAAAGUAAAGAUAGGGGUACAAAAUCAGAGGCAACUGCCAAGCGACGACCACGCUCCAACAUGUCAGGUUAUUGGAGCUCAGACGAUUUGGACAGCAGCGAUUUGAGCAGCUACCACAACACCAUGGCCAUGAUGACUCUGGGGCGUCCAACUGGCCAUGACAGCCAGGGGGGGCAGAGCAGAUACAUCCACAGUGGCUACAACACCAUCAGCUCCUCCAAAAGCAGCAAUGACAUGAAGUAUCAGGCACUUCCUGUGCCUGGGAGUGGAGGAGGUGGUGGACUAGGUGGAAUAGGAAGAAUGGUAAUUAAUGAUAAUGACUAUAUGAAAGGAGGUUCCUGGUCCACAUUGACCAUGGGCCAGCCGAGACAGGUGAUCCAGAAGGGCUCAGCUACUCUGGACAGGUCCAUGCUCAAGUCCAAAUCCUGCCAACAGGAACUAACCUGCAACUACCUGCAGGUUGGACGAAGGGGUGAUUGGAGUAGCACAUUAGGCCGCAGCGGGGGUGCCAAUGAAAUCCCAUGUCGGCGGAUGCGCAGUGGUAGCUAUGUGAAGGCCAUGGGAGACAUGGAAGACAGCGACGACUCAGAGGGAAGCCCCAAACCCUCACCAAAAAGCGCCGCUCGUCGCCAGAGCUACCUCAGGGCCACACAGCAGUCUCUGAGUGACCAGCUACCCCCACGCAACAGAACCCUGGAGUACACCUUGUUGCAGGGAGAGCUGGAUGCGCUGUGGUCUCCACUCCACAGUGUGUCCUCUCUGCACCAGCUGGGCAGGUCAAUGAGCAGCUGUCUUCCAUCACUCAGAGAGCUCUCCAAUAAUCGCAGCCUGGACAACCUAGACUGCAUUGGGGAUGCAGGCUCGUCUUUGCCACGCUGGGAUGAUGAUGACUUCAGCCAGGCCUGCAGCACCUUGGGCAGACGUAGCUGCAUGGGACAGCUACGGGACCUGGAUAUGAGUCAUCAUUAUGAGGACCGCAGCUCCGAGUCCACAUUCAGAGAUUCCCGUUCCCACUCUCAGGACAACCCAGAGCCUCCAGACUUACCCAUGCCAACAUGCUUCCGAUCCCGCAGCCACAGCUACCUGAGAGCCAUCCAGGCUGGCUGUUCCCAAGAUGACGACACAGCAUCCAUAGACUCAGGCUGCUCACCACCUCUGCCUGACACCACUGUUCGCACCUACAGCACCAGCACUGUCUCCACAUGCAUAACCACCUGUAAGAAGGCUGCUCCUCCGCCAGUGCCGCCCCGUACAACCUCCAAGCCCUACAUCUCUGUGACAGUACAGAGCAGCACAGAGUCUGCCCAGGACAAUUACCUGGACCAGCAGGACCGGAGGUCGGAGGUCAACAGCCAGUCAAGCCACGCUCACAGCAACUCCUCUGACAGCCUUGACAGCACCCGUGCCAACAGCCUGGCCCGGGGUAUUCCCCGCCCUCCACACAUCAUCCCCACUCCCAUCGCCACUCCAAGAGAGCCAAUCGCCCCCACCACCACCAAUGCUUCCACUGAGACAAGUGACUCAGUGGUCCAGCAUGAAUCCCUGAAAUCAGGAUUUAAUAAAGGGAAUCUAGCAGCAGAGGAGCCCCUAGUGGCACCAGUACCCAGGCGGAAACUGUCCUCCAUUGGCAUACAGGUUGACUGUAUUCAGGAAGUUCCACGAGAGGAGACCCCGCCAUUGGCCAAAUUUCAGUCAAUCGGAGUACAGGUCGAGGACGGGUGGCAGCUCAGUCGCUCCAGUAGCAUGGCCUCAAAACAAGAAACAGACUCAGACACACAGGACAUCCCUGUCAUCUCCCUUAUUAAUAAUGCCAAACACUCUGAGAAAAAAGUCAUGGUCAAUAGUGCCAGCCAAUCCAUGAGCUCCCCUCCUGGACAGGACUAUUUAGACAACGGAGACACUACUGGUGACACCUCUUCACCUCCACCGCCCAGGCAGAUCCUCAACCGCUCUACCACACGAAGUAGCUCUUCCUCCUUCUCAGAAAGUCUGGACCCAGCGCUGGACCCCUCCUCUUUACCACCUCCAGACCCUUGGCUGGAGAGUGGGAAUGGGAGUAACAGCAGUGUUCCCCAGAGCGGAGGAGGGGGAACACUGUGCCGGAGAGACGGCCACUGGUUCCUGAAGCUGCUGCAGGCCGAGACGGGACGCAUGGAAGGCUGGUGCAAGCAGAUGGAGCAGGAGACCAAAGACAACCAGCUCUCAGAGGAGGUGCUGGGGAAGGUUCGCAGCGCAGUAGGAAGUGCCCAGCUCCUCAUAUCCCAGAAGUUCCAGCAGUUCCAGGGACUGUGUGAACAAAACCUGAAUGUGAAUGCCAACCCGCGGCCCACAGCCCAGGACCUGGCUGGUUUCUGGGACCUGCUGCAGCUCUCCAUCGAGGACAUUAGCCUCAAGUUCGACGAGCUCUACCAUCUCAAGUCCAAUGACUGGCAGCCUGUGCCGUCUGCGGCUGCCCAGUCGCCCCCUGAGCGGAAGGACGAGGAGAAGGUGGCCCCUUCAGCUUCAAAGAAGCCCGGUAAGGGACGGCCGUUGCUGGGUCGCGAGAAGAGUGCCGACUCCUCGUCCACCUCUUCUUCGACCUCGGCAGAGAAGCAGAGACAAGAGGCUCGAAAGCGUCUGCUGGCUGCUAAAAAGGCGGCCUCGUUUCGCCAGAACUCCGCCACAGAGAGCGCAGACAGCAUCGAAAUCUAUGUCCCCGAGGCUCAGACUCGCCUCUGAGAGAGACAGUGAGGGGGAAGGAUAUAGGGUCAGAUCAAAGGACAGAUAAGUGUUACUGAAAUACCUGGGAAAAGGAGAGAAAAACUUUUGCAAUGCAAAUGAGCUACUCUGAGUUAAGAUGGAUUGAGGUGGGGGAGGAGAGAUCAAAUUCCUAGAGAUUGGGGUGGGGGUAGAUUAUGGCAUUUUUGACACACUCUUACAGUUAUAGGCUGGUCCUGGUGGCAUCAAACACUCAUUUAACGAAACAGAAAGUGAAAAAUUUAACUUCUGUGGAUUCGACAGACUACGAAGCAGGAGACUCCUCAUUUGAGGCUGCCAUUGAUAACCUCAGCUGAUGAACUUUGUUUCUUGUUACUACUCUUGAUAUCAUAAAAUUGUUAAUGACGGUAUUGUUAUUAUGACGAUUAUAUCCUAAAGAAUCUAUAUGAAGACUGUUUUAAACGUUCCUCUAUCUUGGCUAUAAGAUCUAUUAAGUGGACAGAAGGCAAACAUUAAUGCUCUUCUGUCUCCCAUCGUCCUCCUCUGUUCCCAGAUCAUUGGCCAUCCUGUAGCUUUGCACAACACCACCUUGUGGCCAUCACACACACUGCGCACAUUACAUCCACUAGACUAACACACACACUCACAGCUAUGUAUGUCUUCCUUGUAUUUAUUUGUUUACUUAAUCUCUCUUUGUUUUGUAUAAAAAUCUGUUUAGAUCUGGUUAUUAUGAAUAUUUUUGGUAUGAUGAAAUUGAAAGUCAGAUUUGAAGGGGUAUUUAUUCCUAGCAGUGAACGUGUGUGUGUGUGUGUGUGUGUGUGUGUGUGUCCUUCAAAAUGUUCUAGUGUUAAACAUUUUAAACACUGGUGGGAAUCUGUAAAGUUUAGUUUCUAAAUGGUUUUGAAUGAAAGCACAUCCCGAUAUUAAUGAUGACCGAGCAUGAGGAUCUCAAUUUCAGUCAGAGUGUCAGUGGCCACAGUAUUACUGAAUAAUUUUUUUCUUUGUAGGGAAAAAGUCUUCAACUCCUUUUUAGUCUCUUUUGCUUCACUCUGUCCCAUUAACUUUUCUUUUUCAUGUUUGUGCUGUAACUGCAGAUACGUGAAUAUUUCAAUCAGGAUUUUUGUCCCAUCUGUCUGUUUAAUGCUUCUUAAAGUGCUUUUAUUAACCUCACUUAGCAUUCAACUCAUACAUCUCAGAUUAAUCUAGGGCUUUUAUUGGAAGUAAUGCAGCAGGCUGAGUAUGCAGGAUAAUCUUGUUAUUGUUUGUGGGGACACACAUUAGGACAUGUGUCUUGCUGUUAUUUUUAUACUAUGUUUCCAAAAGCAUUUUGAUUUAUUUAGCCUCCCAUCACUCUACACAAUCAAUUUUAGUUCUUUAUUACCAUUAUUGUUUUCCCUCAUUGAACAUCAUCCAAAGUACCUGCACUUUUUUUAUUCAAAGAAAAAAUAUUUAAUUAAAGCAUUACAUACAUUA